UGCUGCUGAUCACACUACUCCGGUGUAUGGGCACAACCGCAGGCAGGGGAAGAGCUGUGGACAGGCUGGAUGGCUUCUCUGGAAGUCCCUGGUACAAAGGGGCAGUGCCCGGACUGGCACAGCACAGGGGAUCAUGGCAAUAAGGUCGAGUUUAGGAGCAAUAGUGCCAGUGGGGAGGUCUUCAGGAGAGUAGCUAUUCGGAGAAAGUCCAACCCUUGCCUGGGGAGUGGAACCCACAUACUGUCUGUGCCCAGGAAUGGGAGCCAGGGGGGCACUAGCCGGGAGGAAGGCAGCCAGCAGGAUCCAGGCAGCAGCAAUCACUGCCCCCGUAUUCUGCCAGUCUGGAACCCCAUCUCUGUAAGCACAGACAGACUUGUGGAGCAGGAGAAGAGAAACGGUCACAAUGAAAAGACCCAGAGAUUAAGUGUUAAGGACAUUGUCAAAACACCUCCGUGGUACUCAAGUUCUAAACCAACAGUGCCUCCAAAACCUGCAGAUUUACCGCCUUCACAGUCACCGCUAAAAUACUCAUCUCCUAGCAGGAAUAUUGUUGCCAGAGGAACACAAAGGAUGGAGGAAGUGGCGCCCACUACAGCUGAGAAGUCAAAAAAGAUCUCAGAUCUCAUCAGUCGGUUUGAAAGCAACAGCGUAAGUCCCAAUGACAUCAAAAAAGAAUUGUCAAGUGAACUGAACAAUGGAACAAGGGAAAGGCCAAGAACUAAGGUGAUUCCUGAAACAAAGUUCUUUACGGAUCAUUAUCUUCUUCAUAAACAAGAAAUUAAUGUAGACAAUGCUCCGGAGGAGCAGGAUGUCACAGCCAAUGGGAUUGAGACGCCUCCUUUGGAGGACUCUGUAGAUAACAUCACACUACCUUCUCCUGCAAAACCAACCACUCCACCUUCUCUUCUUCCUCCUUGUCCUCUCCUUCAUGAUGAGAUUUCAAUAACCAUAGUAAAUGGAGAAGGAACUAACACUCCAAAAGACUUAAACCUGAAAUCUAGCUCUGAAGGACAAACCAACAAUGGCUAUCAGGAAACAGAGACUCCUGUAGACAAAGACCCAGAGGAUGACCAUGUAAAUCCCACACAAAAUCAACCUGAUGAAAUCAAGGAAACCAAUGAGCAGAAGCUGCAUAACAUAGCAAAUGAGCUGUUGCAGACAGAGAGAGCCUAUGUCAGCCGGCUGGGGCUUUUGCAGACAUUCAAUACUGCUUUAUUAAAAGAAGCCCAGAAAGGAUCAUUCCCAGUUGAGGCGGUGAAUAAAAUAUUCUCUAACAUUUCAUCAAUACACAGUUUCCAUAGUCAGUUCUUGCUAAUCGAAUUAGAGAAAAGGAUGAAAGAAUGGUCAGUCAGCCCGAGGAUCGGAGACAUUUUGCAGAAGUUGGCACCUUUUUUAAAGAUGUAUGCAGAGUAUGUGAAGAAUUUUGACAAUGCCAUGGAAAAUGUCAAACUAUGGAUGGAGCGGUCGGCACAAUUUAAAAAUGUCAUUGAGGAAAUACAGAAAGAUGGAAAGUGUGGGAGUCUUACCCUGCAGCAUCACAUGUUGGAGCCUGUGCAACGCAUUCCGCGAUAUGAAAUGCUGCUAAAGGAUUAUCUCCGCAAACUGCCACAAGACUCGCUUGACCGCAGAGAUGCAGAAAAGUCCCUGGAAAUCAUUUCAACAGCAGCAAGUCACUCAAACACAGCGAUCCGUAAAAUGGAAAACUUAAAGAAGCUGCUGGAAGUCUAUGAAAUGUUGGGGGAGGAAGAAGAUAUUGUGAAUCCAUCCAAUGAGUUCAUAAAAGAGGGACAGAUCCUUAAACUUGCUGCUCGCAACACGUCUGCCCAGGAGAGGUACCUGUUCUUGUUUAACAAUAUGCUGCUGUACUGCGUUCCUAAAUUCAGCCUGGUUGGUACUAAGUACUCUGUUCGUACAAGGAUUGCAUUGGAAGGUAUGAAAGUUGUAGAGACACAAAAUGAAGAUUAUCCGCACACCUUUCAAAUCUCUGGAAAAGAGCGAACGAUGGAGCUGCAGGCCAGCUCCAGCCAAAACAAAGAGGAGUGGAUUAAGGCUCUUCAGAACACAAUUGCUGAAGUUCAGCAGAGGCAUGAAACUUUCAAAAUUGCACUAACAAAAGAAUUGGAGGAAGCACCUGCUGGGGUUCCUAGCGCUGAGCUUGGAAAGAGGGCGCCACGGUGGAUCCGUGACAACGAGGUUACUAUGUGCAUGAAAUGCAAGGAGCAGUUUAAUGCUCUGACACGACGAAGGCACCACUGCCGAGCAUGCGGCUACGUCGUUUGCUGGAAGUGUUCAGAUUACAAAGCACCGCUGGAAUACGACAGUGGGAAAUUUAACAAAGUCUGCAAAGACUGUCAUCAGAUAUUACGGGGAGGCACUGAGAGUGAUGAUAAGGAAAAGAAGCGUGGAAUUCUGGAGAUUGAAUCUGCAGAAGUCUCAGGAAACAGUGUUAUCUGCAGCUUUCUCCAGUAUAAUGAGAAGUCUAAGCCUUGGCAGAAAGUGUGGUGUGUGAUCCCAAAACACGAAUCCCUUGUCUUGUACAUGUACGGAGCACCGCAGGAUGUUAAAGCGCAAGCUACAAUCCCCCUCUUGGGCUAUUUGGUAGACGAAUCUCCUCGGAGUGCAGAUCUUCCGCACAGCUUCAAACUUUCCCAAUCCAAAUCCGUUCACAGCUUCUCAGCCGACAGUGAGGAGCUUAAACAGAAAUGGCUGAAGGUUAUAAACUUUGCGGUGAAAGGGGAGAUACUAGAAUGUACAGAUCAGAGUUCACUUACUGUAGACGGAGAAACCGAACCAUCGGACUAGAGUAACCUCAGUCAUUAUUUAAUAUUGGAGCAAUGUGACUAUGGACAGUUAAACGUUUCCGGAACUUAUAACUGAUAAGUCAAACUUGGCCAAAUGUUUUUGAACCAACAACAAAAUUGCUUUGGGAGGAGUUUGUGAGAUUAACGUUUUAUUAUAAAGAAAGUUUGUCUUUCAAUGGUGGUUUUGCUCUAUCAAGGUUCCAUAAUCUCCAAAGAAGCAGCAAAUAUUCAAUACAAAGAUCCUGGCCAGAGGAAGCCGAGUUACAUGAAUACCUGAGUGGAAUCUUCACUAAAGAAAGAGAAUAAAGUUGCACUACAUGGU